AAUAUAGACUUUAUUAAAGAUGAACUUGAGCAACAGUAUUGUAAGCGAUAUCCAAGAAUUGGAUAAGAUAACCUGUCAAGUAUGUAACCAAACUGACCUUUCAUCAACCCUCUUUGCAUGCAACUUGUGAUAUAAAGGAACCUUCUGCCAUGAAUGCGCCCACAAGAUGGAGCAGAAAAGCCUAGAUUGUCCGAAGUGUUUAAAGAAAAUUGACAGAAAGAUGGUCUUUGAAACACCCAAAGAUUUCGCAGCUAUUGCGAACCUUAGAAACAAACUUGACAGAUAUGGAGCUUGAGAUACCCACAAUAUGUCAGUGGGAGAUAUGUACUGCUCAAACUGAGAUAUUGGUAUUUGCGAGUACUGCAUUAUUGAUGGAGCACAUAGAGAGCACAGCAUUGUCUCAUUGUCAUCCCACCUUGACAUUCUGAAGAAAGAAGCUUUACUUCAAUAUUCCAAACUGAAGAUUUCAUCCGAUAGAAGCAAGAGAGUACUUUCAUCAGUGGUUAUCCUUCUUGAUAUGAUCAAGUAUAAGCUAAACGGGAGAGUUGAUCAGCAUAUUAAAAAAGUAUCCGAUAUUGUAAAUCAAAAGCUACGCUGUAUAGCUAAUGGGUUGAUAUCGGUUUAUUUCAACUACAAUUCUCAUUCAGAACAACUCGAGCAUGACAAAGAUACUUAUCAAACCCACUUGCAAGAUUUAGAUUUUUACCUGAAGAGAAAGUUCGAUAAAAAUAACCACUCCAACCUUAGAGCAGAGGUUAAUUUUAUUCGUGAGGCAAAGAUCUGUGAGAAUGAGUAUGUUAAGAAGGAAUACAACCAAGAUGCCACUCUUAAGUCAAUCAAACAAGAUAUAUCAAAUGAAGCAGAGAAUUGUGAGGAGACUAUUGGUGUCAUCUUCUAUGAAAUCUCUGAGAAAAUCCAUGAUUUAUUAGAAAAGUUUGAAGUAUCUGAAACAUCUAGAGAGUGCGACAGCGAUUCUCAGUCUGAAAUAUUUAAUCAAGAUUGGGGAGCUAGUGAUAACACAAGGGAAACAGAAGAAGAAGAGCUCCAUUCAAAGAACCCUAUAGACCUUUUAAAUGAAGAGCCAGAGGUCUCUAUUAAGGUAGAUGAGAAUGCAGAGUCUGCUGAGGAUACUAAGGUUAUUGAAAGUACUGAGCCUGUUAAGGAGUAUAUACCUAUUGGAGAUGAUGAAAAUAUGCCAAAAUUACUAACUCCUACAAAAGAACUUGAGAUUGUAUCUUGUGAUGAAGAACAAAAUAAGAUGGAAAGUGCCCCAGUAGAAAAUGAUAAACCCACAGCAAGUGCAGCUCCUACGGUCAAACCUUACUCUUUCAGAUGGGAAGAUUACCAAGAUCCUUCAAGUGAGGAAGAAUAUGAUGAAGACACCUCCAGUCAGGAAGAAGAUAACAGUCAUGAUGGUUGUUCUGAUACAGAAGAAAUGCUGAUAACUCACCAAAAAAAACUCAAGAGACACCACCUGAAAGUUAUGAGAUACUCCCUACAGAAUUUGAUAAUAAUGACAUCCUAUAUUUUACAAAGAGGAGAAGAGAUGAAUCACCUUGCCUCAUUCAAGAAGAAGAUAAACAUCCAGUUGAUGACAAUAGCGAAGAGGAUCACAAAAAAAAUGAGCCCAGAGCAUUUAAAGCUUAAGGAGAUAUUUGGAAAAAUUGCUAACUUAAAGCAAAAUAAUUCGCUAAGCUCCAAAGUACCAGAUGAGAACCCAACAAACAUCGAGGUCACUAAUGACCUAUCUCAGAAAGCCCAAAAUGAGAGUUCCUUAGAGGAUGAAGAAGCCAAACUUGAACAAAAGGAGCAGCUUGCUGACAUAUCAUCUCGAGUAGCAAAAUUCGUAAAGAAUAUUUAUGCUUAUGAUGAUUUAUAUUGUAGAAAAGAACAACAACAGAAACUUCCAGAGGAUGUACAAAAAGAUGAAGCAGAACUAAUAGCUUUGAGAGAAAUAGAGGAUGUAUCCUGUUCUCACAUAGUCCUUGAUGAGGAAUCUGAGUCAGAAAAGAAAAUGAAACAGCAAGAAGAUCAAAAGGAAGAAACCACAGUAGUUGAGAACAAUCUCAAGCUAUCCUCUAGUGUUUAUUCCAGGUGCAACGGAUCUGACUCAAAAGAUGAUGAUGAAGCUAGCAAUCCUCCUCCAGAACAAGUGUAUGAUUCUGAAGAAAGUUCUGACUAGAUCUAACAUGAGA